GUGUGGCUCCGGCGCUGGGUCCGUACCCUUUGUGUGUGGCGGCCGCCGGGUGGAAGGGGAGCUCUGACUGCUGGCCGGGCUGUUCGGCGGACACCGGUACCCCUUGGCGCGGAGCGCGCCCAGGUCGGAGAGACCCGAGAGCGGCUUCAGGACUGCCAGGCUGUCGGAGCCGGAGCGGCCAGCCGCCUGGCCUGCGCGGAGGGCUGGAACCCGAGCCGGGCCGCCCCGGGCGGCUCUGUGCGUCCUUGGGCCUGAGGAGACCUGGCUGGCUGGCUGGCAGUUCAGACAUGGAGCUCACCUGCUGGAGCUCGAGCUCCUGGCCCGUCGUCCCCGGGCAACUUCGGGGGUGACUGCUGCGCAGGUCACGGAGAUGCCAGGCAGUGUUAGUUCAUGAAGUUGUGCCAUCUAAGUAAUCAAAAAUGGAAAAUUCGGCAAAAGCAGAGGAAUGUGAAAAGCUCUCUCUUAAAGAGGCAAAGACAUCAAUAGAUUCAGAAACUGAAUCUUCAUUCAGUAUUGAUGAAAAUACAACCUCUCCCGGGACCAGGCUUUCUGAAAAGGCUCCUACUUGUGGGCUAGUAGGCACUCCAAAAAAGAGAAAAAUGGCGUUUGAGGACGAUCUUGUAAAGGAAAGUUCUAGUUGUGGGGAAGACACUCCAUCCAAGAAAAGAAAACUUGAUGCUGGAAUUGUCCCAGAGGAAAAAGGUUCUGGAGAUGAUGAAGGCAUUUCAAGGAAAAGAAGAAUGGAAAGUGAUGGUUUUACAAAAGGAACUUCUACUGGAGAUGGCACUCAGAAAAAGAGAAAAAUAGAACUUGAGGAUGUUCCUGAAAAGCGAAAGAACUUGGAAGAAGGACACAGCUCAGCAGUGGCUGCUCACUACAAUGAACUCCAGGAAGUUGGUUUAGAGAAGCGUAGCCAAAGUCGAAUUUUUUACCUAAGAAACUUUAAUAAUUGGAUGAAAAGUGUCCUCAUUGGAGAAUUUUUAGAGAAGGUGCGGCAGAAAAAAAAACGUGAUAUCACUGUUUUGGACCUGGGAUGUGGUAAAGGUGGAGAUUUGCUCAAAUGGAAAAAGGGAAGAAUUGACAAGCUAGUUUGUACUGACAUUGCUGAUGUUUCUGUCAAACAGUGUCAGCAGAGGUAUGAGGACAUGAAAAAUCGUUGUCGUGACAAUGAAUAUAUUUUCAGUGCAGAAUUUAUUACUGCUGAUUGUUCAAAGGAACUUUUGAUCGAUAAGUUUCGUGACCCAGAAAUGUGCUUUGACAUCUGCAGUUGUCAGUUCGUCUGCCAUUACUCGUUUGAGUCCUACGAGCAGGCUGACAUCAUGCUCAGAAAUGCCUGUGAGAGGCUGAGCCCUGGAGGCUACUUUAUUGGUACCACUCCUAAUAGCUUUGAAUUGAUAAGACGCCUUGAAGCUUCAGAAACAGAAUCAUUUGGAAAUGAAAUAUAUACUGUGAAAUUUCAGAAGAAAGGAGAUUAUCCUUUAUUUGGCUGCAAGUAUGACUUCAACUUGGAAGGUGUUGUGGAUGUCCCUGAAUUCUUGGUCUAUUUUCCAUUGCUAAAUGAAAUGGCAAAGAAGUACAAUAUGAAACUAGUCUACCAAAAAACGUUUCUGGAAUUCUAUGAGGAAAAGAUAAAGAACAAUGAAAAUAAAAUGCUGUUAAAAAGAAUGCAAGCCCUGGAGCCAUACCCUGCAAGCGAGAAUUCCAGACUUGCCUCUGAGAAGGCAGAUGACUAUGAACAUGCAGCAAAGUACAUGAAGAACAGUCAAGUGAGGUUACCUUUGGGAACGUUAAGUAAAUCUGAAUGGGAAGCUACAAGUAUUUACCUGGUUUUUGCAUUUGAGAAGCAGCAGUGAGCACAUCACGUACUCCGUAGCCCAGGACAGCUGUGUUCCACCUUGUACAGAUUUGAAUGGUCCAUCUUGUGUAGAUCUGACAACCUUGUUUAAUUAUUCUCAGUGUGCAGGAUGCUGCUGGAAACUACAGUGUAUAAAGUCAACAUUGCUGUCUGUGACAGAUGAACUUAUAUGUAUAUAAGAGUGAGUCAGGACCUUUGUCUCUAAAAGUCUAUUUUUAAAUAAUGUUCUAAGAAUUCCAUUUGCAUCCAUUCUCCUAGCUUAUAAAAAUUAUAACAUACUCGUUAAAGCCACUGAGUUCUUUCCCCAGUGCUCUGCUUUGUCUGGUGCUUAUUUACAGUAUUACAUUUAUUACAGUUGUAGAAUUGGUGAGAGAGUGUACUGGUUUGUGAGUGUGUGUGCUCAUUUCCUUAGUUUUAUUAGUAUUUUUUCAAGAUGAAAUUAAUUGUAUCCUGUACAAUUGAAUGUAAGUGUUCAAUACAUAUUGCCAAAUUUUGAAGUUUAAAACUAAAUUUUAAGUGGAGUCCUCUUCAUGGCUCAGCGGUUAAUGAUCCCAACUAGGAUCCACAAGGAUACAGGUUCGAUCCCUGGCCUUGCUCAGUGGGUUAAGGAUCCAGUGUUGCCAUGAGCUGUGGUGUUGGUCGCAGAUGCUGCUCAGAUCCCUUCGACCCCUAGCCUGGGAACUUACAUAUGCUGCGGGUGCGGCCCUAAAAAGCAAAAAAGAAAAAGAAAAAAAACCCCUAAAUUUUAAGUGGUCAUAAAAGAUACUUAAUAUUUUAGCCGGUUAUUAGAUUUCAUUAUAAAUCACAGCUACUUUAUUUGCUAAUACAAUGCAAUUCUAGCACUGGAUAAAACAUUUCAGAUCCCAGCAUAGAAUUGUUUGGAAUGUUGGGGACUUUCUCUUAAGAAUUUCCUACAACAGCAAGUAAUGGUUCAAGUUAUCAAGGAUAUAAUUCAUUUCUUUACUGAACCAAAAUGCCAUAGGUUUUUUUCUCAAGAUUUAAUGAGCCUCCCGUAUGAACGUCUUGCACAUUUUCCUCAGAUUUUUAUGUGGCACUGCUGUGGGUGUGUGACUAUAAGGAAGCUGGCAGAGACGCUGCAGGGGGAGGCUUCCUGCCGGGGAACCCAGUACCCUUUGGCCAGGGAGAGGCAGCACCUGUUCCCAGUACAACGUUGUAUUUGGCACAGUGACCUGCAUCUCAUCCCCACUCAGGAUUUGUAUUUGCCAUUUCAGAACCAUUACAGUUGUUAGCAUUGGCUUCUUACCUGACUCUUCCAAAACUAAUGCCUACAUGAACUAUUAUCUUUAAUUUAUCACCUUUUGGAAAACUUGCCAGUUUUUAGGUGGAUUGAAUUUAAAGAGCUAUUAUUUCAUACUCUUUAAAAAAUCAUUUCUUUCAUGCGUGGUUCUUAAAAGACUCUUCUUUCUAUAAUUAUUCAGGGUACUUGUUGAAAAAGUGUAGUCUUAAAAAAACCCAGAAAAAAUGGAGUUCUCCUGUGGUGCAGUGGGUUAAGGAUCUGGCAUUGUCACUGCUGUGGUGUGGGUUCAGUCCCUGGCCCAGGAACCUCCACAUGCCACGGGCAUGGCCAAAAAAAAAAAAGUGUCAUCUCUUCAUUCACUUAUGUGUGUUGAUUGUUCAUGGUGUUAGAGUAGGAGACCUUUUAGCAAGACAGCAUGGUACACCUAAUUUCUGUUCCUUCCACCAUCAGUCUCCAAACUGUUACUAGUUUACUUGCCUUAGUGGUGGUUCAUCAUUAAGUCAUUUGGGGAAAGAUAAAAAGCACUUCUCACUGGUGGCUGCCACCAGCCUGCUGAGGUUGGUGACAGUGAUGAGGGGGUGGGCAUAGUGCACUCUUAGUGCUACAUGUCCAGGUUCAUUUCGGUUCUGGGGCAAGUGCCGGAAAGUAUUUUGAUAGUUUGGUAGACUCUGCAAAGCUACUCUUUUAUUCCCUAUCACUCUCCUCAUGUGAUGUCUUAGUUUAUUCUGAACAAGUCGUAAAGCAUAUUUUUGGCCUCCUGCUCUGUCCACUCCAUGGAUAACUGGGGAAGAGAAGGAUUCCCGUAGGACGGAGUCAUUGGUGGUAGCAAAGGAAGGUGGAGCGCUAGGCCUUUCGUGGAUAGAAGGAGCAAAGAGCGCUUGAGGGGGGUCUGAGGAGCUGGUGUGGGAGGGCAGGGGGUGGGCAUGGAGCCACGCUGGGGGCUUUGGGGUUCUGCUGUUGCCCUAAGAGCUUUGAUGGCCUCGCUGCCUUCUCUGCUCUUCCUCCCUCAAGUCCUGCUGCAUGAGUUGUCUGGGCAGUGGACUCCCCCCACAUAUCUGCAAUCUAAAUACUUGCUCAUUUUCCAUCCAAGACCUGUGGAAACUUAGGAGAGGGGGUUGUGGCUUUUCAUUGUCAGGCCAGUGAUGUACUUUCAGACCUGCCAUUCAAUUCGUCCUCUGAGGAUGAAAGUAGAAGUGAGGAUCAGAUACAGCAUUUGUGGAAAGAAAUUGGGAAAUUAGGAGGAUUGGGUUGGGACCCUGGCUGUUUGUGCUGUAACUGAGAACACAUGAGGGAAGCUCCCUUCAUGGUGCAGAAUCCAACUAGUAUCCAUGAGAUUGCAGGUUUGAUCCCUGGCUUUGCUCAGUGGAUUGGGGAUCUGGUAUUGCCGUGAGCUGUGAUGUAGGCCAUUGCUCAGGGAGAGAAACUGGCCAUUUCCAGUUUCUGCAUCCAAAGGGGAGGUGCCCUAAUCCACAGGUGCAACAGCCUGCAGGUGGUAACUGCACUGGGGGCCACCAAGCCUCUGAUCUAGUGGGGGUACCCAGAGAAAUUUGCCUUCAGGGAGAGAAAGAUUGAUUAGAGAAUGACUUAAAUCAACUAUGUGAUCAUUCGGAAAGAUGGGUUGUUGGGAUAGGGUUUCCUAGCAUGCCCUUCCCCAAACUUGGAAACAGGAAAAUGUGGUUGCUGCCUAAAUGGCACAGUAAUGGUGCUUACGGGGCAUCAGAGCAGAGGUGUGAAGUGGGCAGGGCUGGAGGCCAGUAUGAAGUGAAUCCGCAGAGGCGGACCUCAGAAGCACUGUUGGCUGUUCCGACCGCCAUCCCUCAGACUCAGCUGGCCAUAGCUUAUUGCCGUUGCUAGGGCUUCAGGUACCCUCAUAAUGAAGACUUCUUGUGUGAAUCUGCCUCCGGGAGGAACUGCCUACUUAGACAUUCUAGCUGCUGACCAUCGUUUGUUGUCUACCUCAGGUCUUAAAGUAGAGGCCAGACCCGGAGAGCACUGCCCCAGGGUCACAGUUGUGCCAUGAUGCCCGUGGCACCUACAGGCACUUUGGUCAAAUAGGAAGCAUAUCCCCACCUCCCUGGUCCAUGUCAAGCGCUGCACACCUGAUACAGGAUGUCUUCCUUCCCCCUCUGACAGCAGCCAUCCCUCCCUCAUUCUUGGAAGAUAGUCAUUGCAGUGGCAACAGUGCCUGUUCAGUAGUGAUAGACUGACUUAGCAGUACCUGUGGGGCUUGGGCUGGGGGCCUGCCAACUCUCCACCUGGGGACCUUCUCAAUGUCCCCUCUGUUCCCAGAGAGCUCUGGAGCAUGUGUGCCUCCUCUCUGAGUGCUGUGCAUGACCCCUCCUGGGCUUGCCUGGGGAGACGGCUGGGUUAGCUGCAAAGCUUCUGGGCCCUAGACUCACCCUAGGCCCUGCGUCCUUUGGGACAGCCUGCCUUGGUUAAAGCCACAUUGACAGCUGGCAUUUGCUGACCUCCGGUUCAUGUGAGUCACUUUCCUAAGUUAUGUGUGAUCCUUACAACAGCUGUAUGAGGUAAGCACCAUCAGCCCUCUGUUAAUGAGGAGACUAAGGCAAAGCCCAAGUUUGAACACCUGCUAGCCCCAAGUUGGGCCUGUGUUCCAGGUGCAUGAUGCAUGCCUCCUGGGUGUUAGGCUAGAGGACUGCUCACUACCUGCAGCUGGAAACAUUGCCUUUUGGAGCUCCAUCCUUUUAAAUAUUCCCUGAGGGAAGCAUUGGCUCCUGAGGAAGGUUUUGGGGCAGAGAGAACAGGAGAGCGCUAGAGUGCCUGCAGGAGGAGGGUAGCAGGGGAAUGAUCCACAGGCAGAAGGCAGAAUUUAAGGCUGGGAUUUCAUAUGUUGAUAGACCUGCACCCUUAGUAGCCAGACGUACACCAAAUCUAGUCUGUGUGUUGGGCUUGACACCAUUUGGAAGUGGCACGUAGAAGUCCAGGGUGCAGAUGUGAGGAUGGCUGAGAGAGGAAUCAUUUCUUCAGUCUGAGCUGAUCACUGGCACAGGCAGACGAUUUUAACUUCUUAUUGAAGCCUGACAGGUACGCACAAGUUGGUGAUUUUUCACAAACAAAAUGCAUAUGUAGUUAGCACCCAGAUCACACAACACUCCCAGCACCCCAAAAGCCCUUCCUGUUCUCUUCUAGUUACUGCCUCCCAAGGUUGGCCACUGAUUGGAUUUUUAAGUGCAUAGGUUAGUUUUGUCUGUUUUUGGACAUUAUAUGAACAGAGUCAAACCAUAUGUAUUAUUUUGUAUUGGCUGAUUUGCUCAACAUCAUGUGAGAUUUUUGUUGCAUGUACUUGCCUCAUUUUCAUGGCUGUAUAGUAUUCCAAUGCAUGAAUAAACCACAUAUUAUUUAUCCAAUGC